AUGGCAGUGAGCCCGAGAAGUGUGGAGGAAUCUAAAAGGAUACGUAAAAUGAGUUUGAGCUAUUUGAAAGAAUCAUUGGUGAAAAGAAAUUCUAAGAAAAAGGGAGCACGUCAGCGGACUUGUUGUUGCAAGUUCACUUCCGAUGCAAAUGGCGAAUCUUCUGAUAAUGUGAUAAAGAGUAGAGAGUCCGAUACGUCAGUCGAGCAAGACUGUGCUGGGUGUGACUGUGGUUUAGCAAAAGACACUCGCACUCCUAGUAUAUUCAAAAGUCUGAAGUUGCGAUUUCAACAGAAGACUAGCAGUUUUGGUGCAAGACCUUUGAGGUGUAAAUCCAAACAAUCCAUUAAAGUUCUUGACUCCUGCAGCUCCUUUUCCCACUCGCUGUCAGAAGAUGCAACCCCCGAAGGAUUUACAGCAAAUAAGAAAAAGGGGAAGGAAAGUAGAGCAAGAGUAUCUUUGUGUGCCAGGAUAUCUCCACCACCAAUACGAUUUAUUAGAAAUGAUAGAUGCUCAGUUAAUAGCCCAUUGAAAAAUGAGAGUGAUUUGGAUCCUCAAGUCAAUGAUAAUUGCCAUAUGAAUAAUUCAAUUUCAGAACGCUUAGAAACAAAUUGUUCAUCGCGGGGCACUAUUAACAUAGGAAAUUUACAGAGUGAUUCUAAUAGUUCACGGUGUGCAAAUUGUGAUAAAAGUGAUUCUCUGUGUCAUGCCUUGAAUUCUGAUACUGAGGACACAUUGUAUCAAUUAUGUCAUGACCAGUACUCCACAGAUGUAUGUGGACAGCAGCUGCAGAGUCCAGCACGCAGCUUAACUUGUGAACUCUUCAAAUUGGCUAAAUAUGGAUGGUAUUGGGGCCCAAUUUCUCGUGAAGAAGCAGAAGAAAAACUGUUAAACCUUCCAGAUGGAACAUUUUUGGUUCGUGAUUCUUCAGCCGAUCGAUACUUGCUCAGCGUCAGUUUCCGAAGCUCAGGCAAAACGUUCCAUACACGAAUAGAGCAUAGUCAUGGUAUGUUCAGUUUCUAUUCCAAUCCUGGUCAUGAUGGGUUUGCUAGUAUAAUUGAACUUAUAAACCACUCCAUGUCAUACUCUGAGACAGCAGUGUUCUGCUAUUCGCGACCAAGAGCACCAGGACAUCCAGCUUUCCCUGUUCGAUUGGCCAAGCCUAUUUCACGAUUUACACAAGUGCGGUCAUUACAAUAUUUGUGCAGGUUUGUCAUUAGACAAUACACUAGAGUGGAUAAUAUACAGAAGUUACCUUUGCCUUCUAAACUGAAAGGUUAUUUACAAGAAGGUCACUAUUAA